GGCUCUGGAGUCUGGGGGCACUGCUCAGCGCUGCUGGGGCUGGCGCGGUUUGAGCCGCCGCCGCACUGACAGCUCGGUCUGCGGACCAUGGAGACCGGCGCUGGCCCACAUCCGCUGCGCCUGUUCGUCUGCCUGAUGCCACUCUGUCUCGCGUUGCUUUUGGGACCAGGGAGGCCCGGGACCGCCGAGGAAGUCAUCCUCCUGGAUUCCAAAGCCUCCCAGGCUGAGCUGGGCUGGACUGCACUGCCAAGUAAUGGGUGGGAGGAGAUCAGCGGCGUGGAUGAACAUGACCGUCCCAUCCGCACGUACCAGGUGUGCAACGUGCUGGAGCCCAACCAGGACAACUGGUUGCAGACUGGCUGGAUCAGCCGCGGCCGCGGGCAGCGCAUCUUCGUGGAGCUGCAGUUCACACUGCGCGACUGCAGCAGCAUCCCCGGCGCCGCGGGCACCUGCAAGGAGACUUUCAACGUCUACUACCUGGAAACCGAGGCCGACCUGGGCCUCGGGCGUCCCCGCCCAGGCGGCAGCCGACCCCGCAAGAUCGACACGAUCGCGGCUGAUGAGAGCUUCACGCAGGGAGACCUGGGCGAGCGCAAGAUGAAGCUGAACACAGAGGUGCGCGAGAUUGGUCCGCUCAGCCGGCGAGGUUUUCACCUGGCCUUCCAGGACGUGGGCGCAUGCGUGGCGCUGGUCUCCGUGCGCGUCUACUACAAGCAGUGCCGCGCCACGGUGCGGGGCCUGGCGGUAUUCCCAGCCACCGCGGCUGAGAGCGCCUUCUCCACGCUGGUGGAGGUGACCGGAACGUGCGUGGCGCACUCAGAAGGGGAGCCCGGCAGCCCCCCGCGCAUGCAUUGCGGCGCCGAUGGCGAGUGGCUGGUGCCCGUGGGCCGCUGCAGCUGCAGUGCGGGAUUCCAGGAACGUGGUGACAUCUGUGAAGGUAUCCAUCGGACUAGGGGGUGUGGUGUGGCAGUGUAGCGCGCAGGUGGCAAUUGGGAGAGAGUGCGCCCUAGAUGAAAGAGGCAGGAGGGGGAGUGGAGAAGCCAUGGGCUGUGGACCCCGGAGUCCUGACAUUUUGUGGAGCUUCCAGUGGGUCCAGCCAGGACCAAUGAGUGAAGUUACUAGGAGGUGAGUUUGACUCCAUAUAAGGGGGCAUUAGGAGCCUAUAUUUCAGGCACUAUGAUAAGCACCUCACACAGGCCUUCUCGUUUAUUCACAGCGAUAAAG